CAGUGACAUCCAUGUCACUUAUUGAUUUUGAGUGACAAAAUGGCUUCUUGAAAUAUAUUCAUAAUCUCUUUUCAAGAUCUAUCAAAAAUGUCUUCAAGAGACGUUGAGAGAGAUCGACUAGUACGAAAAAUCACAGAAAAAAGAGCUAAACUAGAAGCUAGAGGUGAUCUCAAUAUCAAAGUUCCAAGAUUGACGCUACCUUCGGAUUUCAAUAUUGAAGAUAGGACAAUAUUUUCUCUGCCACCAGAACUCUUGAAACCAAUCCUUGCAUCCUCACAUUCGAAAUACAAGAGAAAGUUUGCUGUUGAAAAACGAAAAGCUACUGCACAGAAAUGCCAACUGAAAUCUUAUACUGCCCUAAGAAAACAAAGAGAAGAAUUCAGGAAUCGAUUGAUCAAAUUGAUAGUUGGUAAUGAUGAAGAACGUGAAAUUGGAGAUGAUGAGAUACCAUCCUCAGAGGAGAGAGAAAUGUUACGAUAUUACUAUUACGUGAAACAUGGAGUGGAUACUGUGCAUGUAGCACCAUUGGAUCAAAAAGUUCUGAGCAGGGUCCUGGCAUUGGUUCCCCGGAAACUAAUGGUUUGGGAAGAAACACUCAGUGAGUCUAUCAAAGACGUGAAGGAAGAUUUCAUGAUGGCAGUGAAAAAGGCAAUAAUAGACUUCGUUCUGCAAGAUCCCAAUUUUGUUAAACGUCAUGGUGAAACUGAAUCUUCUCAUAAAAAAGAGCUCAGAAAUAUUGGAAAUAGUUUCAGACCCAAUUAUAACUCGGCUAAACUCAAAAUGGAGCGGAGUUUGCACAUUAUUAAUCCUUGUUUGGCAGCAGUGUUGGACUUAUGGUACAAGAACUACAGAAAUUUGCGAUUGAUAAAUAUCAAUGAGAUGAAAACCCACGAAGGUGCCUUUGAAUUGCAAGAGUUCAAAUAUCUCGCCAACAAACAUAUAGAGAGAUGUAAAGAAAUGUUGAUGAUGCACUAUUAUGCCGAUGUGACUGAUAUAUUCUUACAAGGAAACAGAAAGAAGAAGCUACCAGAUGCUAGCAAACCAAAAAAAGUCGAAUCAUUCUAUAAUGCAGUUGCCACCAUCAUGUCUUACCACCUACAAACUCUUUGUUUGAAAUCUCUAUAUGAUUAUGUCAAUUACAUAUUGGAUGUGAAGUAUUCUAACAAAGGCUUCCAGAUAAAACUACAACAAAGAGUCAAUAUAUUGGUUUUCGAACCAUCUUUCAGAAAUUUCAGAGAGGUUUUGAUAACUUUAGUUGAUAAUAUAGUAGAUGCUGUAAUGGAUAUUCCAAGACUGGAGACGAAAUUAUAUCUCGAUUGGAAAGAAGAAGUAUUCUUGAGGCCAACAAUUUUGGAAGAAAUUGUAAUGGGUUAUAAGAUUCAAAUAAGGGAUAUGUUGGAAGAUCAACGAAUAGGCCCAGAAUUGAAAGUUCAAGAUUUCGAUGAGUUUCUGCCUUUGAUGAAUGGAAAAGACGAGGGAUUCAUCAAUAGUUUUCUAGAGCGAGAACAUCCUUUCGAAGAAUACGUUAAAUUAAUCCUAAGAUAUAAAGAUAUCAUGGAUACAAUUCCUUUAUCUACUGAGCAUGUCAUACGUAUGGGAAUGUAUGAUAUGAACAGGGAAGACUUGAUCAAGGCCCUGGAAACAGCUGCAGAUGAUUUCAAAAACGUUUUGAUUUCUCGAUGUACCAAGGAUUAUCAACUAAUUUGUAAGACGUUGGGAGAAGAAUAUCAAGCUAUAUCAGAUAGAGCCUUAACUGUGCCAGAAAGCACAGCGGAUUUGAUGGACCUGAUGAGAUAUGUCGACGAAGUUGAAACGAAAACUCUCAUAUCAAUGGAAGACCGCCUCAGAGAAGUGAUGGGGUACAUACUAUUCUUGGCUGAUCACGCUCUCUUCACACCUGUAGAAAUGAAACAGAACAACAUAGCAUUCCAAUGGUAUUUGCACAUGCCGAAAGUGCUAGAAGAACAUCGACAGAUGGUGGAUUCUAAAAUAGAAGAAUUCCAAGUACAACUAACUGCUAAAAUCAAGAAGUUCAAUGAGGAUUUGGAGUUGUAUGCUAAAAUGGUGGACGAUCUACAGUAUAACGGAGAUGUCGAGGAUUUGCCAAGGUAUCACAAGAAGGCUACCAAACUGGACGAAAGGUUGAUCCAAGCAAUGGAACGGAUAGACGCUUUCAAUGAAGAAGAACAAGCAUAUGGUUUCGAACUGUCCCAAUAUCCCCUCAGAAAACAGAUCCACGAUAAACUGACACCAUACAAGAAACUGUAUGACAACGCUACCGAUUUCUUGAAUAAACAUGAUCUCUGGAUGAAGUCUCAAGUUGGAACGCACGAACCAGAAACGAUAGAAACGGAUGUCGGUACUUGUUUCAGGAAUAUUUACAAGUUGGAAAAAAUAUUCACUGAUAAACCAGCUACUCUGAAAUUGGCUACAACUGUCCGUGAACAAAUAGAAGAAUUCAAAGAACACAUGCCCAUAAUACAAACCUUGGGUAAUCCUGGAAUGAAAGACCGCCACUGGGAGAAAGUAUCAGAAAUUGUAGGAUUCCCAAUAAAAGUAGAUGCUGAUCUCACACUAGAGAAGAUAAUAGACUAUGGGCUCGAUGACUAUAUUGACAAAUUCGAAACUAUUUCUGAGGCAGCCACCAAAGAAAAUAACUUGGAGAAGAAUCUCAACAAGAUGAUAAACGAAUGGCAAGAUAUCGAAUUCUGUGUGUUGGUGUAUAGAGAUACUGGGACGUACAUAUUGUCGGCAGUAGAUGAUAUUCAAGUAUUGCUUGAUGACCACAUUGUGAAAAGCCAGACUAUGAAGAAUUCUCCAUAUAUUAAACCAUUCGAAGUGGCAAUGUUGAACUGGGAGACAAAGUUGCAGCUUCUACAAGAGAUUUUGGAUGAGUGGCUUAAAGUUCAGUCUACUUGGAUGUACCUGGAACCAAUAUUCUCUUCACCAGACAUUCAGCAGCAAAUGCCUGAAGAAGGACGACGUUUCAGUGCUGUUGAUAAAAUUUGGAGAGACUUAAUGAAGACUGUGUACAGUGAUUGUAAAGUAUUGUCAGUAGUUGAGAUAGACAAGAUGGUUGAGAGGUUGAAGAAAUGUAAUAACUUGUUAGAAUUGAUUCAAAGAGGCCUGAACGAUUAUCUGGAGAAGAAGAGAUUGUAUUUCCCACGAUUCUUCUUCUUAUCUAACGAUGAGUUAUUGGAAAUAUUGUCUGAAACUAAAGAUCCAACUAGAGUUCAACCCCACUUGAAGAAAUGUUUCGAAGGAAUAGCUAAACUCACAUUCACAGAAGAUCUGGACGUAACAGAGAUGAAAUCGAGUGAAGGUGAAAUAGUGCCACUAGUCGAUGUCAUUCAAACCGCUUUGGCAAGAGGCCAGGUCGAGAAGUGGUUGGUAGAACUAGAGACAGAUAUGAAGAAAUCGGUGCACAAUAUGGUCGCAGCUUCGAUAGCUGAUUACCCGAAAGUACAAAGAGACCAGUGGGUUUUGAAAUGGCCUGGCCAAUGUGUGCAAGCAGUCGGAUGUACCUUCUGGACUACUGAAGUUACUUUAGCUAUUGGGGAAGGUUUGGAUGGCAUGAAGAAGUAUUUGGAAAAAUCUAUCUAUCAGAUAUCGAAGAUAGUUGAUCUAGUGAGAGGCAAGCUGAAUACUCAAAAUAGGAUAACUCUAGGUGCCUUAGUAGUGCUAGACGUUCAUGCUAGAGAUGUUCUGAUUGGACUGAUCAACGAUGAAGUGAAGAAUGACCAUGAUUUCAAAUGGCUAUGCCAAUUAAGAUAUUACUGGGAGGCAAAUCAAAUGAUAACUUCCAUGAUCAAUUCCACUCUGAAAUAUGGUUAUGAGUAUCUUGGCAACACGUCGAGGUUGGUAGUGACUCCUCUUACUGACAGGUGUUUCAGAACACUCUUUGGAGCAUUACAUCUCCAUUUAGGAGGAGCACCAGAAGGACCAGCAGGUACUGGUAAAACAGAAACAACGAAGGAUUUAGCGAAAGCUGUCGCCAAGCAGUGUGUGGUAUUCAACUGCUCCGAUGGUCUAGAUUAUUUAGCGCUGGGUAAAUUCUUCAAGGGUUUGGCAUCUUGCGGUGCAUGGUCAUGCUUCGACGAAUUCAAUCGCAUCGACUUGGAGGUCCUUUCGGUAGUGGCCCAACAAAUCUUGACUAUCCAGAGAGGCAUCAAUUCUGGAAAUGAGAAACUCCUGUUCGAAGGAUCUGAGUUGAAACUGGAUCCUACCUGCUCCGUUUUCAUAACCAUGAAUCCAGGAUAUGCUGGCCGAUCCGAGCUGCCGGAUAACCUCAAAGCUCUGUUCAGAUCUGUCGCUAUGAUGGUGCCCGACUAUGCGAUGAUAUCGGAAAUCGAAUUGUACGCAUCCGGUUUCUUGACGGCUAAACCUUUGUCAGUCAAGAUCGUCGCGACUUAUAGACUGUGCUCUGAACAGUUGUCGUCACAACAUCACUAUGAUUACGGAAUGAGAGCUGUGAAAUCAGUAUUGAGAGCUGCAGCAGCAUUGAAACUCAGAUAUCCAAACGAGAGAGAGGACAUUUUGGUAUUGAGGUCUAUAAUAGAUGUAAACCUGGCGAAGUUUUUAUUCCACGAUGUCCCACUUUUCAACGGUAUAACAUCGGAUUUGUUUCCUGGUGUAAUCCUGCCAGUACCAGACUAUGUGACCUUAAAUAAGUCCGUGGAGGAGGCAUGCAAGAUCCAUAAUGUACAGUGUACUCCAUUUUUCCUAGAAAAAGUUCAACAGUUGUAUGAGAUGAUAAUAGUCAGGCAUGGUUUGAUGAUAGUGGGAUUGCCAUUCGCAGGAAAAACAACAUGUUAUAGGAUGUUAGCUGAAGCCCUAGCACUAAUCGAGGAAAAGGGUGGUAUGGAUGAGCACAAAGCAAUUUACACAGUCAUGAAUCCGAAAUCAAUAACUUUGGGACAGCUAUAUGGUCAAUUCGAUCCAGUUUCUCACGAAUGGUCAGAUGGCGUUUUGGCAGUGUCUUUUAGACAAUUUGCUAUGUCUACUACUGAAGAUAGAAAAUGGUUGAUAUUUGAUGGUCCUGUAGAUGCUGUUUGGAUAGAGAAUAUGAACACAGUAUUAGAUGACAAUAAGAAGUUAUGUCUGAUGUCUGGCGAGAUUAUACAGCUAGCUAAUACUACCAAUUUGAUUUUUGAACCUAUGGAUUUGGAUGUAGCUUCACCUGCAACGGUAUCUCGAUGUGGAAUGAUUUAUAUGGAACCAGCAUCAUUAGGUUGGGAACCUCUUCUGACGUCUUGGCUCAACACUCUGCCAGCAUUUAUCAAUAAUGACUUCUAUAAAUCGAUGAUAUUCAAUUUAUUCAUCAGAUUCUGUAAACCGCUGAUUUGGCUGAUACGGAAAGGAGGAGUGAGGGAGAUUGCUACAACUUCUGAUCAUAACUUGAUACGAGCUACAACAAAUCUUUUCGAUUGCUUCAUGGAUGAUUUUUAUGAUGAGAAAUACAGAGAACAGGUAUCUGAUCUAGACGUUAGAGCUCAAAUAGAGGGUUCUUUCUUCUUCGCAUGCAUUUGGUCAGUGGGAGGAACAUUGGAUAAUGAUAGCAGAAAUAAAUUCAAUAUACUGUUCAGAGGACUACUAGAAAGAGAAUUUCCGGAUAAGAUUCAUGAGAGUUUGGAAAUUCCAUUCGAAAUCAAUAAACCAGACAAACCGUACAUAUUUACUCUGCCUGUCGGUGAAACUGUUUUUGAUUAUCGCUUCAUCAAAGAGGGAAAAGGUAAAUGGAAAUUAUGGUCAGACGAACUCAUGUCAGCUCCCCCUAUACCCAGAGAUAUUCCUGUAAACCAAAUCAUAGUUGCUACUGUUGAAACUAUCAGAAAUAUUGCGUUGAUGCAAUUGUUGAUCCAACAUCAAAAACCAAUGAUGAUAAUCGGACCUACCGGAACUGGUAAAUCGGUUUACGUAACUGAUUUUCUACUCAAGAGGAAUGAUGCGAACACGUACUUGCCACUGUUCAUAAACUUCUCUGCUCAAACAACUGCGAAUCAAACUCAGGAUAUGAUUUUGGCUAAAUUAGAUAAACGGCGUAAAGGGGUGUUUGGUCCACCAGUAACGAAGAAGUGUGUUAUAUUUGUGGAUGAUGUUAACAUGCCACUGAAGGAAACAUACGGAGCGCAACCCCCCAUAGAGCUGCUGAGACAAUGGUUCGAUCAUGAAAUAUGGUACGACCGCAAAGAAAUAGUGCCUAUGAAACUUAUUGAUAUACAAUUUAUGUGUGCCAUGUGCCCACCUGGGGGAGGUGGUAACACCAUUACACAAAGAUUUUCGAGACACUUCAAUCACCUUUGCAUUGAUGAAUUUCGGGAUAAUGUUUUGGUCAAUAUCUUCAGCAGAAUCAUGCUCUGGCAUCUGGAUACAAGGGGCUUUUCCAAAGACUUCGAUCCGUGCAUCGAGGAAAUCGUUCUCGCCACCCUUGACAUCUACAAAUGGGCACGCUCGAAUUUGCUUCCGACGCCAGCGAAGUCGCACUAUCUCUUCAAUUUGAGAGAUUUCUCCAGAGUAAUACAGGGUGUCCUAUUAUCCGUCCCUGAAGCCAUGGAAGAUAUGAUGGCGAUGAAGAGAUUAUGGAUACAUGAAGUACUUCGAGUCUACUAUGAUCGCUUGGUAGAUGAUAACGAUCGAUCCUCUAUCAUCGAAGCCCUUCGCACUGUCAGCAUGGACAAAAUGGAAGAGGAAUUGGAUGUAAUGUUCGAGAGGUUGAAAAAACCAGGUGUUCCAGUUGGGGAAACAGAACUACGAAAUCUGCUCUAUUGUGAUUUUGCUAAUCCUAAGGCCGAUCAAAGACAUUACAUUGAAGUACAAGAUUUGGAACAUCUUCGGGGCAUCGUAGAGGGAUAUCUUGCUGAAUUCAACAAUAUGACCAAAAAACCGAUGAAUUUGGUACUGUUCAGAUUCGCCAUAGAGCAUCUAUCUAAAAUAUGCAGAAUUUUGAAACAACCUAGAAGCCAUGGCCUUUGCGUUGGAGUGGGUGGAUCGGGAAGGCAAUCUCUAACAAGACUCGCGGCGCAUAUUGCAGAAUACGAGUUGUUUCAAGUUGAAAUCACAAGAUUAUAUGGAAUCAAUGAGUGGCGUGAAGAUGUCAAGGGUAUAUUGAGAAAAGCGAGCGCCACUGAUCAACACGGCGUUUUUCUCUUCUCUGACACUCAAAUAAAAGAAGAGGGCUUUCUAGAGGACGUGAGCAAUCUUAUGAAUUCUGGAGAGGUACCAAACAUGUUUACCAUGGAAGAGAAGAUGGAACUCUGUGAGAAAAUGCGACAGCUGGACAGACAAAGAGACAAAUCACUUCAGACUGACGGUAGUCCAGUGGCACUAUUCAAUUUUUUCAUUCAAGUUGUCAAAGAACAGUUGCAUCUGAUAUUGACGAUGAGCCCGAUUGGAGACAGUUUCCGAAACAGAAUAAGGAAAUUUCCAGCAUUGGUUAACUGUUGUACGAUUGAUUGGUUUCAGACAUGGCCUGAAGACGCUCUAUUGGCUGUAGCAACUAGAUUUUUGGGAGAAAUAGAACUAAUCGACAGGGAACGUGAAGUCUGUAUCGACAUGUGUCAGAUUUUCCAUGUGUCGACUCAAGAAUUAUCUGCAGAGUUCUAUUUGAGAUUGAAUCGUCAUAGUUAUGUCACGCCAACUUCAUACUUGGAGAUGAUUAGUACUUUCAAGACGUUUCUCAGCAAGCGAAGGAAAGAAAUCCUGAAUCUCAAGAAACGGUACGAAGUGGGCCUGGAGAAACUCCAAUCAGCCGGCGCCGAAGUAUCAGUGAUGCAGGCCAGUUUGGCGGCCUUGGAACCACAGCUGGUCAUCGCCACCGCCAAAGUAGAGGAAACGAUGAAAAUCGUGGAGGCGGAGUCUGCGGAGGCGGCGGAGGUGGAGAAGACCGUCCAAGAGGACGAGGCGGUAGCCAACGAGCAAGCCAAAGCGGCGCAAGCCAUCAAGGACGAAUGCGACGCCGAUUUGGCGGAAGCGAUGCCCAUUUUGAACGCCGCUUUGGCUGCGUUGAAUACGCUCACGCAAGCGGAUAUCAGUUUGGUGAAGACCAUGAAGAAUCCGCCGAAGGGAGUGAAAGUCGUUAUGGAAGCCGUUUGUAUUUUGAAAGACGUUAAGCCUCAAAGAAUACCAGCACCCAGUGGUAUCGGACAAGUAGACGACUACUGGGGACCGUCAUUGAAAGUGCUGGGUGACAUGAAAUUCCUUGACAGUCUCAUUAACUUUGAUAAGGACAAUAUUCCACCUCGAAUAAUAGAUAAACUGAAACACCAAAUUCUCACUGAUGAAAGUUUUGAUCCAGAUAAGGUGAAAACUGCUUCUACUGCCGCAGAAGGUCUCUGCAAAUGGGUGAUUGCUAUAUCAAAAUACGAUAAAGUAGCUAGAGUGGUCGCUCCCAAGAAGGCCGCCUUAGCUAUUGCAGAAAAUUCGUUUCAAACUGCUAUGGCUGCACUGGAACUGAAGAGGGGCCUUCUUCGUGAAGCCAGAGAACGUGUUGCCAAAUUAGAAGUCAUACUGGAAGGUGAAACCAAAAAAUUCAACAAACUCACUGAUGAAGUCAACCUUUGUCAGCUCAAGUUGCAGAGGGCAGAAGAAUUGAUCGGUGGCUUGGGAGGAGAAAAAGAAAGAUGGAAGGCGAUAGCGAAAGAGUUGGGGGAGAAAUAUUAUUUACUGACAGGAGAUAUCCUGAUAGCUGCAGGUGUCGUAGCAUACCUUGGACCUUUCACGAUGCAGUUCAGAGCCAAACAAGUUGAUCAAUGGGUGGAAGCCUUGACGGGAUUCGAAAUAGUCUGUAGCAAGGAUUUUCAACUCACCCAAAUCUUAGGGGAACCUGUUGUCAUAAGGCAAUGGAAUAUAUAUGGCUUACCAACUGAUAAUUUCAGUAUCGAUAACGGAAUUAUUAUCUCUAAUGCGAGAAGAUAUCCUUUACUAAUAGACCCUCAAGGACAAGCUAAUAAAUGGAUAAAAAAUAUGGAGAGGUCGAAUAAUCUGGCUAUAAUAAGAUUGAAUCAGGCAGACUAUGUUCGCAUUUUAGAGAAUGCAAUACAGUUUGGUCAGCCCGUACUUCUAGAGAAUAUAGGAGAGGAGCUGGAUCCUAUACUUGAACCAGUUCUCGCCCAACAAAUAUUCAAACAAGGUGGUGCUCUAUGUAUGAAACUUGGCGAUUCUGUGGUUGAAUAUAGCAGUGAUUUCAAGUUGUAUAUCACAACAAAGCUCAGGAAUCCGCAUUAUCUUCCUGAAGUAGCUGUGAAAGUAACAUUGGUUAACUUCAUGAUAACUAGUAUCGGUCUACAAGAUCAGUUGUUGGGCAUUACAGUUGCUAAAGAGAGGCCAGAUUUAGAAGCAGAGAAGAAUGCGUUGAUACUUCAAGGUGCAGAAAAUAAGAGAGCACUGAAGGAAAUCGAGGACAAGAUCUUAGAAGUCUUAAGUACCUCUCAAGGUAACAUUUUGGAGGAUGAAACCGCAGUACAAAUCCUCAGUUCCUCUAAGAUCCUUUCCAAUGAGAUCGCUGCCAAGCAAGCUAUAGCAGAGGUUACGGAGAUACAAAUAGACAAAGCAAGGAUGGAGUAUACACCGAUUGCAAUUCAUUCUACAAUUCUCUUUUUCACUAUCGCUGAUUUGGCUAAUAUUGAUCCAAUGUAUCAAUAUUCACUUGUGUGGUUCAUCAAUCUGUAUAAAGCUGGAAUUGACAAUACUGACAAAGUGGAAGAUGUUGCCUUGAGGUUGAUCGACCUCGAGAAGUAUUUCACCUACUCGCUCUACCUGAAUAUAUGUCGCAGUUUAUUCGAAAAAGAUAAACUGCUGUACUCUCUCCUGUUAUCAAUCAAUUUGAUGAAAAGCCGUGAUGAAAUUGACACGUCAGAAUGGAUGUUUCUGCUGACUGGCGGUGUUGGUCUAGAUAACCCUCACAUCAAUCCCACAGACUGGCUCGUCACGAAAUCCUGGGAUGAACUGUGUCGAUUGAACGAUUUACCAGAUUUCGUAGGUAUCAUACAACAUUUCUCAGCAAACUCCAACAAAUGGAAAGUGGUAUUCGACUCGGGAGAACCACAGGAUUGUCCACUGCCACCGCCUUGGGAUACGAAGCUGAACUUAUUCCAGAAGCUCUUGGUACUGAGAUGUUUGCGAUAUGAUAAAGUCGUUCCUGCAAUCCAAAACUUUGUGUCAGCCAACCUCGGGAAAAUGUACAUCGAACCGCCUCCCUUCGACCUCACCUCCUCUUACGCCGACUCGCACUGUUGCAUCCCGCUCAUCUUCAUCCUGACGCCGGGCGCUGACCCGACCGCCGUGUUGCUCAAGUUUGCCGACGACCAGGGAUUCGGCGCCGCUCGGCUGUUUCCGCUGUCGCUGGGCCAGGGCCAAGGCCCCAUCGCGGUGAAGCUGAUCGACGAAGGCGUGAAGAACGGUACGUGGGUGGUGCUGCAGAACUGCCAUCUGGCGAAGAGUUUCAUGCCGACGUUGGAGAGGAUAUGUGAGAACUUAACACCAGACUCCACACAUCCCGAUUUCCGAUUAUGGCUCACUUCAUAUCCUGCUGAUCAUUUUCCUGUUCUGGUAUUGCAAAAUGGAGUCAAAAUGACCAAUGAACCACCAAAAGGAUUGAAGAACAAUAUUGGCAGGUCUUACUUGAGUGACCCCAUUUGCGACCUAGAGUGGUUCGAAAACUGUAAGCAGCCAAUAGCGUUCAAAAGGCUCCUUUAUGGUUUGUGCUUUUUCCACGCGUCUAUACAAGAAAGAAGAAAGUUUGGACCACUAGGCUGGAACAUUUCCUAUGAGUUCAAUGAAACGGAUCUGAGGAUUAGUGUGAUGCAGUUGCAGAUGUUUUUGAAUGAAUAUGAUGAUAUACAAUACGAGGCUCUUCUUUACUUGACUGGAGAAUGUAAUUACGGUGGUCGAGUAACGGAUGACUGGGACCGAAGGUGUCUUAGUACUAUACUCAAGAAGUUUUAUUGCAGAGAACUUGUAGAAGAACCAUGCCACGCCUUUGAUCCCACAGACACUUACUAUUGCCCAGACAAAACAGAAUACGAGGACUUCAUCAAUUAUACUAAGUCUCUUCCUUUGAUCACCCAUCCGGAAGUGUUCGGGAUGCAUGAGAAUGCCGACAUCAUGAAGGACCAGCAAGAAACUGGAUUGUUGUUCACCAGCACUUUACUCACUCAGGACGCCAUGUCUUCGAGCGGUUCUUCUAAAUCACCAGACGAAGUUGUGAUGGAAGUUGCAGCAGACAUAUUAGGUAAGCUGCCUGACAACUUCGAUCGCGAUGAAGCCAUGGAGAAGUAUCCGGUGUCCUACUCGCAAAGCAUGAACACGGUGCUCGUCCAGGAGAUGAACAGAUUCAAUGUUCUGCUGACUGUGAUCAGGAUCAGUUUGAAGAACGUACAGAAAGCAAUAAAGGGUCAAAUAGUGAUGUCCGUCGAUCUCGAAGAAGUGGUGACAAGUAUGUUGACAGGAAAGAUACCCCAGAUGUGGGCCAAGAAGUCGUAUCCCUCAUUGAAACCUUUAGGCAGUUACGUCAACGAUUUUCUGGCUAGGUUGGCAUUCUUACAGAAAUGGAUGGAUGAAGGUCCACCACCCACAUUCUGGUUAUCAGGAUUUUUCUUCACUCAAGCGUUUCUUACCGGUGCUCAACAGAAUUUUGCCAGGAAAUACACGAUACCUAUCGAUUUACUCGCAUUUGACUAUGAGGUACAGAAGGCCAUGAGUUUUUCAAAACCACCAGCAGAUGGUGUGUACGUUUAUGGAUUAUUUCUGGACGGUGCUCGUUGGAAUCCUGAUAAUAUGGAGUUAGACGAAUCUUUGCCGAAGGUUCUUUUUGAUGUCGUUCCGAUAAUGUGGCUGAAACCCAUAAAACGGACCGAUUUGUUGGAGAAGAAGAGCUAUACGUGUCCAGUGUACAAAACUUCUGAAAGAAGAGGCGUUUUAUCGACCACAGGACACUCAACUAAUUUCGUGAUCGCGAUGAAAUUGCCUUCAUCAAAACCAGAAGCGCACUGGAUCAUGCGAGGUGUUGCCAUGUUGUGUCAGUUGUCCCAAUGAUGUGGAUAUUUAUACACGAUUUGUAUUAUAUUUUCACGUGUGUGUAAUGCAUUUUAUCUCUAGAAUAUAUGUCACAAUUUUCUGACAGCUACUUGUAUAAUAUGUUUUU